AUGCUGAACUCUCUGGUGCGUGUGGAAGGCCGAUGGAUGCUCGAGAGCCCGCCUGGACCGCCGGCCGUCCCCGAGCCGAAGACGGGGGGAUCCCUGGCUGCUGCGGAGGGUGUGUGCGGCUGCUGUGGCGCCCUGCGUCCCCGCUACAAAAGGCUUGUCGACAACAUCUUCCCUGAGGACCCAGAGGAUGGGCUGGUGAAGACCAACAUGGAGAAGCUGACAUUUUAUGCCCUGUCUCGGGCGACCAGCAACUGGAGGUCAGCGUGGUCAUUGCACAAGCAGCCCAUCCAGGGGCUCCAGCCACCGCGCCGGUAUGUGUGCAUUGCCAUGGAGGCCCUGGACCAGCUCCUCAUGGCCUGCCACUGCCAGAGCAUCAACCUCUUCGUGGAGAGCUUCCUGAAGAUGGUGGCAAAGCUGCUGGAGUCGGAGAAGCCCAACCUGCAGAUCCUGGGGACCAACUCGUUCGUGAAGUUUGCCAACAUCGAAGAGGACACCCCAUCUUAUCACCGCAGCUACGACUUCUUUGUCUCCCGCUUCAGUGAGAUGUGCCACUCCAGCCACGACGACCUGGACAUCCGGACGAAGAUCCGGAUGUCCGGCAUUAAAGGCCUGCAAGGAGUGGUGAGGAAGACGGUGAACGAUGAGCUCCAAGCCAACAUCUGGGACCCACAGCACAUGGACAAAAUCGUGCCCUCGCUGCUCUUCAACUUACAGCACGUGGAGGAGGCCGAAAGCCGCUCCCCCUCCCCGCUGCAAGCCACCGAGAAGGAGAAGGAGAGUCCUACGGAGCUGGCGGAGAGGUGUCUGCGGGAGCUGCUGGGCCGAGCGGCGUACGGCAACAUCAAGAACGCCAUCAAACCCGUCCUCAUGUAAUCGUCCUCGGUAGCCGUGUGGGUUACAGAAACAGGCUGUCACCUCAUGCGUGCAGCACCCAUGCUGAUGUUCAUGCUCUCUUUCCAGCCGCAGCACUCCCAUCUCGUGAUCCAGCAGCUCCUGGGGCACCUGGAUGCCAACAGCAAGAGCGCGGCCACCGUGCGCGCGGGCAUCGUGGAGGUCCUCUCGGAGGCAGCGGUGAUCGCAGCCUCCGGAUCUGUUGGCCCCACGGUGCUGGAGGUGUUUAACACCCUGCUGAGGCAGCUGCGGCUCAGCAUUGACUACGCGCUGACGGGGAGCUACGACUGCGUUGCCGGCGUCAGCACCAAGAUCAUCAAGGAGCACGAGGAGAGGAUGUUCCAGGAGGCCGUCAUUAAAACCAUAGGGUCCUUCGCCAGCACGCUGCCCACCUACCAGCAGUCUGAGGUGAUGGUCUUCAUCAUGAACAAGGUGCCGCUACCCUCCUUGCAGCAGUCCAUCGAGGCUGGCAAAGCCGGCGAGAACCGGAAUCGGCUGACACAGAUAAUGCUCCUGAAGUCCCUCCUCCAGGUUUCUGUGGGCUUCCAGUGCAGUAACAUGCUCACGGCACUACCCAGCGUCUUCCUGGACAGGCUGCUCUCCGCAGCCCUCAUGGAGGAUGCCGAGAUCCGCCUCUUUGUCCUCGAGAUCCUCAUCAGCUUCAUCGAUCGCCAUGGGAACCGGCAGAAAUUCUCCACCAUCAACACCAUCAGUGACAUCUCGGUCCUGAAGCUGAAAGUGGACAAAUGCUCGCGCCAGGAUACUGUCUUCAUGAAGAAGCAUGGCCAGCAGCUCUACCGGCACAUCUACCUGAUAUGUAAGGAGGAGAGCAACGUGCAGGCUCACUAUGAGGCUCUCUACAGCAUGCUGAUGCUCAUCAGCAUCGAGCUGGCUAAUGAGGAGGUCGUGGUGGACCUCAUCCGCCUGGUGCUGCCAGUGCAGGAGAUAGCCCAGAUCAACGAGGAUAACUUGACGGCGUACAACCGCUGCGCGCUCUUCGCCCUCGGUGCAGCUUACCUGAACCUCAUCAGCCAGCUCACCACCGUGCCCACCUUCUGCCAGCACAUCCACGAGGUCAUCCAGAUGCGACAGAAGGAAGCUCCCUAUCUGCUCCCUGAGGAUGUGUUUGUGGAGAGACCCAGGUUGAGCAAGAGCCUUGACCGCCUGGGCCCAGAGGUCUUCUUCUGGCAGAGCAAGAUCAGCGAGGUGCUGGGCGGCAGCGGCUACAACUCGGACCGGCUCAGCACACCCUACAUCCCCCAGCUGACGGAUGAGGAUCGCUUGUCCAAGAGGAAGAGCAUUGGCGAGACCAUUUCCCUGCAGGUUGAGGUGGAGUCGAGAAACAGUCCUGAGCGAGAGCAGAGAGCACCAGCGGAAGAGAUCACGUACGAGACGCUGAAGAAGGCGAUAGUAGACAGCGUCGCCGUGGAGGAGCAGGAACGAGAGCGGAGGCGGCAAGUGGUGGAGAAAUUUCAGAAAGCCCCGUUCGAGGAGAUCGCUGCCCACUGCGGUGCCCGGGCGACGCUGCUGCAGAGCAAGCUCAACCAGAUCUUCGAGAUCACCAUACGGCCACCGCCAAGCCCCUCCGGCACCAUCACAGCUGCCUACGGCCAGCCCCAAAACCACUCCAUCCCGGUGUACGAGAUGAAGUUCCCGGACCUGUGCGUGUACUGAGGGCGGCCGUGCUGGUAGGGCAGAGCCACCGCUGCACAGCUCGCACCAAGGGACCUCCUGGGGAGAGACUGCUGACCCUGCGGGGAGCGCAUCCUCGUGCAGGACGGGUGGGGAC